AUGGAAUCGUCACUUUCCAACGCACAAUCAGUUGCUGAUCAAACGAAUCCUAGGAAGUAUGAAGCCAAUGCUGAAUAUUGUUUUCCUAAUCCCAAUCAACCUUUGGCGAAAUUUUCUCAUUCUCGAAACGAGUUGGACCUACCGAGAAAUGAUCCUGAUGACGACAAAUAUGUCAGACAUGUGCUUUGUGAUUAUUAUGGAAAGAACGAUGCUCAUUUUCUCCACGUCAUGCAACAACUAUAUCGCUGCUUUUCCUUUUGGAGGGAUUAUCCAAACAAACAAGCUAUACUGCUCUUACCGGAUGCAAAGGUAGAAACCAAACUACUGAGCCAUUCGUUCACCAAAGGAAUUAUGCAAAUCUUUGGGUCGCAAAUGGGGCUAGAGAUGAUCAUGAAGUCGUGGUUCCAAGAAGCAGAGCUCAGCGACGCUAGUCAUUUCUCUGAAAUCAAGAUGGAAUCUUUCAAUCGAAUUGGUGGCUACAGUAUUCGGCAUACGAAGUAUCUGAACUACAUGGCCGAUAAGGAGUGGAAACUGAAGGACAACAGUUUCGGGACUUGUGAAAAUGCAAAACCGCGGAUUGCCAUUUUGAACCGAGCCUCCAAUUACAGCCGAACUAUUUUGAAUCAUCGACUAUUAUCGGACCAAAUGAAGACGCUGUCUCGAGACAAUUCCGUGCCUGUCAAGUAUUUUGAAGGCUUGAGCUUUCUUGAACAAGUCUCUUUUUUUCGGUCGGUGGACAUUUUGAUAUCACCACAUGGAGCACAACUUACCGGUCUGCCGUUUAUGAAUGCUCCUUGUGCUCAUAUUGUGGAACUGUUUCCAAAGGGUUACGCUAUUCCAGAAAUGUUUGGGACCUUGGCUAUUGAAAGUGGCAAGGACUACUCGUACCUUUAUAUUUCGAAUAACUCCUCCGAUAUGGAGCAAGCUAAGGAUCGCAGACAGCGAAAACGAGCAAGGUCCAGGAAUCUCUGUCCCUCCCUGGAUGUGAUGGUGGAGGCAGUCCGGAAACUAGCGGAUGACUGGAGGAUGUGUUGUGGAAGGAGGAUAUGA